CUGCUAUCAAUAAGAGCCUUCAGCGGCUGAGCCCAACUUCCUGGCAACAUGUUUAUCCAUUUGGAAGGAUUUUUUUGUUCGUUUUUGAAGCAGUAUCCAUUUCUCACAAGGUUGUGGAUGUCUCACGUCGUAUUGCAGUCUUGUUAGAUGACUUCGAAGAACUCGUCCUGGUGUUGUUCUAGUAUAUCAACAACAGUGGUCAAAACUAACGUUAUGAAAAAUUAUACCAGAAGAUGCAAAAAAAAAUGGGGAAGAUAAACGCGAUUGCUGCAUCCCGACGUAUGGGUGCAUGCCUGGUUCUUACGUGAUGGCCGCGACUGCUAGGAAGUGAUCACUAUCCGAUCGCAGGUAAAACCACGAUUUCUCGCAGAUUACGGGGGGCACGCACGCCUUUACAUAAUCGUACCCUAAGCCGCUGUCUCUUUGUGACGUUGCGAUGGCUCAUGUUGAAAUCAGGGGACUACAACAGAUUGCUUAACAGAGGAAUGAACACGUGGUAUUAAUCAUCUUCAUGAUUCUUGAUGUGGCAAAGUUGACAUCCCUACCAUUGAUGAGUGGCAAAAAAAAAAGGUAAUGGUGGAACGAACGAGUAAGAGAAUCCGCUUCUUGAAUGAGUAGUUAGUAAUGCGAUCGAUGGGGGAUGAACUUGGACCUCUAUGUUGUGAAGACAUCUUCAGCUCCGAGCCUGAAGCCCUGCACAAACUACUAAUCUCUCAUCUACUUCCACUGCCUCUGCAUCUGCAAGAACAAGAACAAUAAUAGUCAACUUGUUCUUCGCACACGACUGCUUUUAUUACGCGAUCGGAAACAUGAUCAUCUCUAUCAUGUUUGAACCCAAGUUCAAACAGAGAAUAGACCAUCUUCAUUUCAACAAGCCCCAACAAGAAAUCAGCCCGACGACCUGGCCUUGGAAACACAAUUUUGAUGAAGGCAAUGAAUAAUCAACCUACGGUGACCCUUAGUCUUGUAAGGAGUGACGCUUUCUACGCCGUCACUUUAACCACUCGCCCCUGAAAGCAGCAGCAUACAAAGGCAGCUGUUUCUGCUGACCGUGUCCGUGUUGUUCUUCUUAGAAACUCUGUUCGUGCAGCAAAAGAACAAGAAAGCCGUGGACUUACUUGGCAGCUUUUUUUUAGAAACGAAGCAACAAAAUGGUGAAGAUGGAUAAGAGCCUGGAUGAGAUAAUCGAGAGCACAAAGAAGCCCUCGGUUGUCCUUCGUCCGAAUGUCAAUGGAGGCUCAUCCGGAACUGGUGGGCCAGGCGGUCACUCGGGACCAGGUGGCCACUACAACAAUAAAGGCAGUAAUCACCAGCAGUUGAACUACUCCAACAACUUCCAACAUCAUGGGAAGGACCAUGGUGGAAGUAAUUUCAUGCAGCAUCAGGGUGCACCAGGAUACAACAAAUCUUCAAAUCAAAAAGGUGGACCACCUCAACAGAACCAUUAUGGCGCAUUCGCGGGAUCCGGAGGACCGCCAGGUCCUUAUCAUCAACAGAAAGGCUCAGCGCCCAGCGGCAAAGGCUUGGCUGGACCAAACACUGGAGGCGGAGCACCAUUCUAUCAGCAUGGGGGCAAACAAGGCGGAGCAGGCCAACAUCCGCAGCAUCGUGCUGGAGGACCGCAUGUGCAGCAAAGCGGAGGCCCAACUAUAUUCCAUAAUGGGGCAGGAGCUGCCCAAGGGAAUGCUUGUAUAGGAGGAAAAGGAUCGCAACAGCCACUUUUACAGGGAUUUGCUGUUGGCCCGCAUUCCGAAAAAGGAGUACAAAUGUAUCAUCCGCAGGAAAAAGGGAAGGGUUCGCAGCAGCCGUCGGGGCAGAUCGGUCAAAAAGGUGGCUGGGAUAAUGGUGGUGCUGGCUUACCGAGCGGCAGCGGCGGUCACAAAGGUAUUUUCAUUGUUGAGGUUGACAGCAGAUGAUAUCACUGCUCUUUUCACCAUCUACAUCUGUAGUUCGCCGCGCUGACACUUUACUUUUUAUGCAUUUGUCGUGUUUAUCUGCUCUACAACUACAAGAAGCAGGAUCAUAGAUAAUCUGCUUUCUUAUGGAAAAGGAGAGCCUCCACCUCGGGUUGUCUAAAAAAAGUCUUCAUAAGUACAUAAAUGUCAGGGGGAGCAGGACAAAAUUGGGGAGGUCCUUGUGGCGUGAUAAAGCCCUUCGACAAACGAUCCGGCGAGCAUUCACAACGGACCGGUGGCAAAGGAGGGACGGGUAAGGGUCCCCGGCAGCGUGUUCCGGUAGAUCGAAAAGCUGCUAAAAACACGCAGGUUUACUUCGAUAAAGGCAAAAACUCUACCACUGGAGGAGGGGGCGGCGACCUUGUCGUCAAAUUGUACUACGUCUCUUGAUUUACAAGACGCAACAUGAUUACUAGAUCGCAACUACAGGAAUUCAUCUAGAAGUAAGAAGAUCAACAUGCUCGAAUAAACAUCGAUCUACACAAUUUCACUUACUUUUAGAACAAGAUGUAGAUGAUCUUCUUGAUCUGUUUAGCGUUAUUUAUUUCCUCCAUUCUUCUAAAAGACAAUGACAACACUUAGUGAAUUUGGUCUGGUGGUUAAUGGCGUGGACUACCAAAAAGUUGCAUACAGGAUGAUCCCGUACUAUCGCAGGAUCGAUGCCUGGCUACGGCUAGAGAUCAUGACUGCGAGAAAAUGUCGAAAAGAGAUUCUGACUGCACGUUUUUUGCGUAGUUCAUUCACAACAGCACUGACUGGAUCCACGGCUACUUCUCCUUACAAGUAAGGGGAAACCUGAAGAUCAAGAUCCAGCCACCUUUCCCUAGAAGUAGCUGAGCUAGUGGCCAAUUAUGGGGGACAAAAUGACAAUUUUUCCAGGUACGAUACACCAGUAGCGGUGUUUCGGAAGCCAAACGGGACAAAACGGACAUCACAUGCAUUGGAGUUAAGGACCGGCGGCCAUCAUACUGCAGAAACGAGAUUUAUCAUUGGCGAAUGUACUUACUUACUCCUUUUUAGCAUCUCAAUAUCUAACAAGAGAAAAUUAGAAGAGGAGCAAUAAUCAAUGUUGAAAUAUAAUUUCUACUUUAACCUUACAGUUACACAGAUGUUUUAAUGUUUGACCUUGUCUCAACCGCCGUGUCCUUGUCAAAUUAUACAGGUCUUGCCUUGAUAAACUUCUCAAUCCGGGAGAAGCCUACUGUGCGGAAGGCGACCUUGAAGCCACGUGCAGGCAUUCGACUGUCGCCAGCUAAGCAUGGCGAAGAUGAUUCACCGACUGAGGUUGAGGAGGACGAGGAUGCUGCUGAUGGUCCUGCAGCAAGAAGAAGUAUGAAUGCGGCGAAUGCAGUCGAGGGUGGAGGUGAAGUCGAUGGGACAACAACGCGAACACGGUCUAAACCGCAAGUAGGCUCGCCAACGCCUGGUCCGCAGAGGACCGACCAUCGCUACGGCGAUCUGGAUUUUGAGGACGACGAGGGCGACGGCGGCGGAGCAGCCGACCACGAAGACAUCCUCAAAAGCAGUUCUUCAGAGGCAGAACCUCCUGGCGCAAGAGAAGACGAGGACAACGGCAACAACCCUGAGAUUACUGCAGCUGCGAACGAGAAAGUAGACCCCUCAUCUUCAAAGAAAGCCAAAGGCGAGGGAGGUGAUGACGAGGACGCUAAUCGCAAACAAGCAAACGCCGCUUCUGCUUCCGAGCAGAAUCAGGCAGAGGAUACUAGUGAAUCACGGAAAAAUAGUAGUGC